ACCAAUGGCGGCUGCUUCACUUUAUCGCGAGUACAUGAAACUCUGCAGCGUGUGGCACGCGGAUCCCACGCGAAAAGGCAAAUGUCUCGGUGAGUUUAUUCGGAAAAGAGUGGCCGAAGAGUUCCGCCAGAGCGAGCAGACGGUUCUUCGGGACCCCGCGGACUGCGUUCGACGCCUCAAGAGCCUCCAGGCGAUCUCGGCCAACACCCACUCUAGCCGCUAUCCGAGGCUCUCUGCAUCGUCGGCGUCGAGUUUAACGCGAGCCGAGUGCUCGCAGUUGAUCUUCGAGAACCUCCAUGCCGUCGGAAAGGCCGAAGAGGAGAGUUCUCUGCUCGAUAACCUAAGGGAGAGGUUCUCGUUCAGGGUUGUCGACGGGAAACCCAAGAAGUAGUGGCAUCGGCCGAAUAGCUGCGAGUGUGGUGUAGUCGAAAGCGCUUAUAUUCUUUUGUAGUUGAAAGACGAUGAAGACCUCGUAUGUUUGCAUCCACUGCGGCGAAGGACAGCAACAACUCUACAAGAGAUACGGCCCCGAUCUGCUUAAGCUGUCCCGAUGUUCCAAGUGCAAUCACACAGUGGACGAGUACAUCGAGAUGGAGCUGUCUAUCGUGUUCAUCGACGCUGUGCUGCAGAAGCUCGAAGCGUACCGGCACCUCAUUUUCAACGUUGGUGUUGAGAGGCCCUGGAAGUUGGCGGUGUUCUUCCUCUUGGGGGAGGCCCUGGAGCUGUGGAUGUCUCGCCAGCAGGGCGCCGGAGCUGGCCUGGGCUUGGAGUGGCACUUCUACCUGACCUGCCUCUUCCUGGUCGCCAGCAAUGCCGUUUUCCUGGCACUCGUGGUUGCCCUGGUGAACCUCUGCGUCAAGACGUGCAACAGGGAGCAUCUGGCCUGGGCUCUGGUGCUGUGUAGCUACGGGAAGCUGCUGGCUCUGCCAGCCACCCUGUGGGGAUGUGACCGGUCCCAGGCACACCUCCUGGUCACGGCCUUCUUCCUCUGCUCCCAGGUCCAGGCCUGCAGGGUUGUCUCCGGAGCUGGGCGAAGCUGGGCAGCAGCUGUGGUGGCGACCUCUUACCUGGUUCAGCAGGCGGCAGUCGUCUGGGCGUCCCCCAUCCUACGGCUGUCGGACUACGCCGGACCUCGAGAAACGGAUUAGCCGGAGCAAGACUGGAGAAGCUCCGAAUGGGACCGGCUGCACGCCCACUGGAGUGCCACAAGUUUCAAAGUGCCUUUGGUUUCGCGACAGCGUGAUUAUCUGCUCGGAACUGGUUUAAAAGGCCUUUUCGUGCUCAGCCGCGGUCAGCGUUGAAGUAUCGAAGUGAGCAGCGGAAAUGGCACGCAGCACUUUCGGAGUAAAUCGUCGACGUGCAAUUCAGGCGAGCAGAGACGAAGAGUUGUCACAAGUCUCGGACUGCCUCUGGUUUAGGGACUGCAUGGUCACCAGCUUGGAACUGGUAUAGGUUUCUUCAAAGAGGUGCUUGUUCAGCAUCAAGGUCUUGGAGUGCGCAGCAACGAAACGGUAGACAACGUUUUUGGAGUAAAUCGUCGACGUGCAAUUGUUAA